AUGUCUGAACAACAACUUCCAUGGCCACCAGAGACAGGCGUUUGGAAGACAUAUCCCAUGCACUGCCACUGCGGUACCAUCCGCUGGAACAUCACCAUCUCCCCACCACUUUUCCCCUCCGACGACCCCGAGAAUAAAGGCACAUACGCAGCCGUUGAUUGUCAUUGCUCAUACUGCCAACGAAAUGGAAUCCUACCGAUUCACCCGAAAUCAGCCAAUGUAGUCUUCACACAGGGACUGGAGGAGCGCAAAGAAUAUUUGACGGCGAGUAAAAAGUGUCCGCAGUGGUUUUGUGGGCAGUGUGGGAGUUGUAUUGGGACGGAUUUGAGUGUUUUGGCAAAAGAGAUGGGGAUGGAGGGGAGGUAUUCUAUUAAUUUGAGAAUGCUCAAAGACUUUGAUGUGAGUAAGAUUGAGGUCAAGAAAGUUGGUGGGAUGGAUAUGAAGGAUGCGCCGCCCAAGUAUCCGCCUUUUGAAGUUUGA